GGUUUAUUGGUGUUUACAUUUUAAUUUGUUAGAUCAAUUAAACUUCUAAAGUAACAUAAUUUAUUAUGUGUUGAAAUUUGAUUGGUUGGUGAAAAGAAUAAUGUGGUGGUUGACUUAAAAAGUCGUUAGAAACACCUUUCUUUAAUUAGCCAGCCCCAGCUAUAUGCACGGGGUUGUAUUUCGGGUCGGGUCAAACCGGUCAACAAAAUCGGAAAACUCGCCGGGAGAAUGACUCCUUCUCCUCCUCCAAUAACCUACAUAUCAAUUCCGCUUCCUACCAACGACGUCGUCUCACGAUCAAUCCAUAAUCUCACUACCGCUAUCUCUAGCCACCGUCCCUGGUCAGAACUCAUCUUCUCCGGCGAUUUCUCUCUCCCGGAGAGCUUUUCCUCUCUUCUCCUCCGAUCAAAGACGAAUUUCAACUACUUUUUCGUCAACUACACUAUCAUCGUCUCCACGUGUGCAGCGUUCGCUCUCAUCACAGCUAGUCCCGUCGCUUUAAUCGUCGUUGGCGCAAUCAUCGCCUUGUGGCUUAUCUUUCACUUUUUCAGAGAAGAUCCACUUAUUCUCUGGAGCUUUCAAGUCGGUGAUCGUACGGUGUUGUUGUUUCUAGUCUUAGCUUCCGUUUGGGCUAUAUGGUUCACUAACUCCGCCGUGAAUUUAGCUGUUGGUGUUAGCGUUGGCUUGCUAUUGUGCAUUAUUCACGCCGUCUUUAGAAACUCCGAUGAGCUUUUCCUUGAGGAAGAUGAUGCUAUUAACGGAGGCUUGAUCGGGUCUAAUCUCCGAUGAUAUUUGGUUCUUACCCUAAAUUUACUUUUCCUUGAUUGCUUGUGACAUAAGUUUAAUUUUUUUUAUCAUCAAUUAUUUUAGUUCUUUUACUUAUUUGUUUGAUUUAUUGUAAUUUUUCGUGUUGAUAUUGUGUUGGAUUGAACUCAAAAGAGAAGAAUGAAUAAGUUUUUGUUUGAUUUGGUCUCACAGUGAAGGAAUCAACUUGCUCUAUCCAUUCUUCUUCA